AUGGAAGUAAAUUGUUUAACACUAAAAGACCUGAUCAACCCCAGGCAGCCCAGACUAAGUGAUUUUGUAGCUGACGAUGGGGAAAACGCACAAAAGGAAAAUAUUUUUGUUGAUCGAUCAAGGAUGGCCCCGAAGACUCCAAUAAAAAAUGAACCAAUUGACUUAUCAAAGCAAAAAAUCUUCACUCCAGAAAGAAAUCCCAUUACUCCAGUUAAGCUUGUCGACAGACAGCAGACAGAACCAUGGACGCCCACAGCGAACCUGAAGAUGCUCAUCAGUGCUGCCAGCCCAGACAUAAGAGACUGGGAGAAGAGGAAGGGGCUGUUCAGACCCAUUGAGAACAAGGACGAAGCGUUCACAGGCUCUCUGCAGCUUCGUGUUGUUGGGGACAGUGCUGUGGACAAAUUUGAGAAGCGAAGGCCAAGCAGAAAACAGAAGAGUUUAGGACUCCUGUGCCAGAAGUUUCUAGCUCGCUAUCCAAGUUACCCCAUGUCGACUGAGAAAACCACCAUCUCCCUGGAUGAAGUUGCUCUCAGCCUUGGCGUUGAAAGAAGACGCAUCUAUGACAUUGUAAAUGUGCUGGAGUCACUGCAUCUGGUCAGCCGGGUGGCCAAGAAUCAGUAUGGCUGGCAUGGACGGCACAGCCUGCUGCAGACCCUGAGGAACCUCCAGAGACUAGGGGAGGAGCAGAAAUACGAGGAGCAGAUGGCCUACCUCCAACAGAAGGAGCCAGACCUGAUGGACUGUAAAUUUGGAGAACGUAAAAAAGAUGGCUAUCCAGAUCUCCAGGAUCAACAGUUACUGGAUUUCUCUGAGCCCGACUAUCCCUCUUCAUCUGCAAACAGAAAAGACAAGUCCCUGAGAAUCAUGAGCCAGAAGUUCGUCAUGCUGUUCCUCGUCUCUAAAACCAAGAUUGUUACUCUCGAUGUCGCUGCCAAAAUACUGAUAGAAAGAAGCCAGGAUGCGCCGGACCACAGUAAAUUUAAAACAAAGGUACGACGUCUGUAUGACAUUGCCAACGUUCUGACCAGCUUGGCUCUGAUCAAGAAAGUGCACGUAACCGAAGAGCGAGGCCGUAAACCCGCCUUCAAGUGGAUCGGGCCGGUGGACUUCAGCUCCAGCGAUGAAGAAGUAGCGGAUGUUUCUGCAUCUGUCUUACCAGAAAUGAAAAGAGAAGCGUGUAUCGAGAUCCAGGACUGUGCAAAACAGAAGCUGGCUCGGCAUGGUUCUUUUAACACAGUUCAGGCUUCUGAGAGGAUUCCCAGGAAGGCGAACUCAGAACCCAGCAGCCCUUCCAGAGAAGAACAAGGAUCAGGUGGCUUCUCCUUAGAAAUUGGCAGUCUGGCAACUGUUUAUCCACAGAAAAUAGAAGACAAUUCACAGGGGAAAGCCUUUGACAAUGAGAGAGGGAUGCUUCCGUCAAGCACCCCGGACCCCGCUGCUCCUUUCCCUGCCCACUCCGUUGACUCGGAAUACUAUGCCAACCCCUCAGUCCACCAGGUGGUGUCUGCGCCUCAGGCGGACUUGCAGGCCUUCUCCCUGCAAAAUGGUCUGAAUGGACACGUAGGCGUCUCGCUCACUGCUGCGGCCUCAGACGCGGAGAGCCUGAAGCCAGUGCUGCUGGCCGGCCAGCCCCUGUUGUACGUGCCGUCCACCUCUCUGUUCAUGCUGUGUGGGAGCCUGCAGGAGGGACCGUCCCCAGGGCCCGGGGCCGAGGGGGACAGCCGGAGCUCAGAAGUGUCCGCAGGGACGGAGUGGCCGUCCACACCUGCAGCUCAGAAGCGCCCCAGUGAGGAGAGGAAGCUGCGAGAGGCGGAGGAGCCGGCCACUAAACGACAGAGUAGGGACGGCGGAGACAGCCCUCUGUCUCUUGUCGUGCCCAAGAAACCCUCGGAUUCCACAGACUUCGCCUCUCCCAAGACGCUGGGGAACAGGGGAUCUGUGCCCCUGGAGAACGUGCACUCGAACAGCCACCCCACUGCUGCACAGGAAGUUUGGGGAAAGGCAGCAAACGGCUUCGUUUCUUCUGAGUGGGGAGAUCCUUCAAGAAAUGCAGAGACCGAAACACCUUCGAAAGAGAACGAAGGCACCCAAGAGCCCCCUUUGCUGCAGUACCUUUACGUGCGGUCGCCGGCUGGAUUAAAUGGUCUCAGCGUGCUCUUACCCGGCAGUCAGAGCCCCCAUGUUGGGGGACCCUCUUCGGGUCAGCUCCCAUCCCUCGGUGUCCCUUACAUGGUCUUACCAUCUUCGACACUGGGCCCAUUUCCUGUUCUCUACUCCCCCGCAGUGGCUGGGCCGGUUUCCUCUGCUCCUGGCACUGUCCCAAACACGGGACCUGUGAAUUUUGGCUUGCCAGGCCUUGGAUUGGCACCUCAUCUUCUCAUCGGCCCUGCAGCCGUGGUUAAUCCAAAACCCUCCACGCUCCCUUCUGCAGACCCUCAGCUUCGGGGUCUGCACUCCCUUAGCCAGAGUCCAGUGGUGCCCAGAUCACACAGUGUCAUCCAGCCAGAGUCGCCGGUUUACGAUGGGUAUCCAGUCCCUGUGGUGAAGUUACAGCAGUCACCAGCUCCAGUGACCCCCAAGAGCAUCCGACACACACAUCAAGAGACAUUCUUCAAGACGCCCGGCAGCCUCGGAGACCGUGUCCUUAGGAGAAGAGAGAGCAAACAGUCGCAAAAUGCCAGCUCGGUGCAGAGGAGACUCGAAAUACCCAGCAGCGGGGCCGACUAGCCUGAUGCCCUGCCAGAUGGGGGUGGCAUCCGACCACCUGGAUUUCCCAGUGUCACAGGCCGUGUCCCGACGCGGGAGCGGAAGGCAGAAUGCACACCAGUGCGCCUCCUUCUUUCAUCCACUGGUUCUAAUGUUAACUUCCCAAUGCUGUCUGUUUCCUGAACGUCACUGUUACUAAUUAUGCAUUUGUUACCAGUGAGAGCCAGACUCUGUGCCUGGUGUCACAGUGAAAGCACCAGCUGACCUGGGGUUGGGCUUCAAGGAUUCUCUUAUUGCCGGAAGUAGAUCUGAACGGGCUACUGGAGCCUUGUGGUUUUCCUAAAGGUGGGGCCUGUCUAGCACUUAGCCAGUGUGAGCAUUCUCGACAUGUGUGUCCACUUGCCCUGAGUAGAUCUGUGCUGAGAGAACCUUGCUUCCUGCAGUUUACAAAGCUACUGCUUCGUCAGGAAGGCGGCUCCAGCUGUGAAUCCUGUGGUGUUAUUUAUUUUGUUCCUGAAACGGGACUCAAUGCGAAAAGUUUACAAGUACAGCAAAGCAUGCUUUUCAGGGUAUGACGACGUGAAUGUUUGUACUUUCCCCCUAUAACUUGCCCUGCACUUACUUUACAACCCAGCGAUAAUGUGGAUAAGCGUGUACACAUGACAGAAUGUCACGACCAAAAUAACUGUGAAUGGCACACCUUGCCGUGAUGAACUAACUGCGAACCCCCUCGGCCGAGCGCAGAGGAACCCGACAGCCUCGCCGCCGCUGCUCGACGAACUGGACGGAAAACCCUCUGCGUUCAGCCGCCUUCACUACAUGCCCCUGUGGGUUUGUUUCUUUUUUUAAUUUCGAUGUUAACUGUGGAGCGACAGGUAUGGAUGCCGUCUGACAGUUGCUGUUUAUUGAGUCAGUGUUGGAAAGUAAUUGUAUGGAAAAUUGGAGCUUGAAGAGGACCUUUGGGUAGAAUUCUGGAGUUAAUGUAGAAAUUGAUAAUAAGACAGUCGGUGAUUAUUUUUUCUCUUUUUUUCUUCAGUUUGGAAGGGUACAAGGAAAGGG